AUGACGGGGCAGACCGAUGUGGACAUACCUGAUACAGGAGCCAUCUUCACAUUUGGAAAGAGCAGUUUUGCCGAUAAUGUGCCAAGCAAGUUCUGGUUGAAGAAUGACCGCUCAGUGCACGUGUCCUGUGGAGGAGAGCACUCCGCAGUCAUCACAGAAAAUGGGAGGCUGCUCAUGUUUGGUGGUAAUACUUGGGGCCAACUGGGACUGAGAUUUAAACUGGCUGCCAGCAAACCUGCCUCUGUGAAAGCCUUGAGGUCUGAGAAGGUGAAGCUUGCGGCAUGUGGGAGGGAUCACACGAUCGUAUGCACAUGUAGGGGUGAUGUCUAUGGUGCUGGUAGUAACCAGGCAGGGCAGCUCGGUUUGGGUCAUUGCAACAACACAGCAUCCUUUCAGCUGCUGCAUCCUUUCUGUGACUGGGCACCAAUCAAAAUGCUUUCUGCAGGAUGCAACACCUCAGCUGCCUUAACAGACGAUGGGAGGCUCUUCAUGUGGGGAGACAACUCUGUGGGUCAGAUCGGUUUAGGGGAUGAGGGAUUUGCAGCAGAACCCAGAGAGGUGAUCGUUGGAGAAGAGGUGAUAUGGGUCUCCUGUGGGUACCACCACUCAGCCUUUGUCACAGUAAAUGGAGAUCUCUACACAUUCGGUGAGAGUGCGAAUGGAAGACUUGGCCUCCAGGUGGAACAGCUGUCCAAUCACAGAGUCCCUCAGCGGGUGCAAGGCAUCCUGGGUCAGGUCACUCAGGUGUCCUGUGGAGGGGAGCACACUGUGGCACUUACAGGGGAGGACGUGUACACGUUUGGCAGGGGUCAACACGGUCAGCUGGGCCACGGAACAUUUCUAUUUGAAGUUCAUUUGCCAAAACCACUGGAGCACUUUUGCAACAGCAGCAUCAAACACAUCGCCUGUGGAGAGAACCACACCGCUGUGAUCACAAACAGUGGGCUGCUCUACACGUUCGGUGAUGGCCGUCAUGGAAAGCUGGGGUUAGGGGAGGAGAACUUCAUCAACCAGUUCAGCCCGACACUAUGCACACGUUUUCUCCAGCACAGUGUUCAGUCAGUGUCCUGUGGUGGUCAUCACAUGCUGGUCCUGGCUGCACCCAGACCACCAGAGAGCCUACAAAUAGAGCCAGAGAAGGAUGCCAUGAUCACAGACAACUUUGUGGAGUCAAGCUAUAAAGAAAUUCUUUUGCAAGACGCUGUAAUCAUAGAUCUGAAGCCACUGGUCCCAUCCUUGUCUCUCUCUGCUCGAGCCCGGCAUAGAGAAAAAGAAAAGAAAAAGGGCAGAGCUCUUAGACGAGCUGCAAAAGAGGCGGAGGCGUUCCACUCCGAUGUGAAGACAGGCCAAAAGUCUCCUCAAGACUUACCCACAGAGAAAGACGCGUCUACACCGAAGAGCACAAAGAAAAACCAGAAAAUCACAACGAAAGGCAAAGAGAAUAUUACCAAGGAAUCUGAUAAUACGAAGGCCAAGGUGAGGAGUAAGACGACUGGAGCUCCCAGCCUGCUGUCAUCACAGCACGAUGUAUCUACUGAAGUGAUAAGUAACCCAGAUUCCUCACAAAGCCCGAAGAGAACAGAGGUGGUUUCUGUCAGCGGUGCCAAAUCCCUGCAAGGCUCUGCACCUGUUGGUAUGGAUUUGCUUGUUUCAGAAACCGACAGAGAGGAUGAUCAGGGCCUCACUGAGGGAAAACCCAGGUGGGGGGAAAUUCUCAGUAAUGCAGCAUCUUAUCUUCCUGCUGUUGGGCUGGCAGGUGCAGCUGUUGCAGUGCUUAGUGAGGCAGUAACAAGUGUCGGGGGAUUCCAGUCUGACAGUGACAAAGGUACCCCCACACCACGUAAAACACACGGUAAAGUGAGACAAUUCACAAAGCAGAGUGCAGUUACGCAGUCUUCCUUCUCCUCCUCCUCAUUGUCCCAAGAAGCAUCAAAUGACAUACAAGACAACACAAAGGAUGAUGCUCAAGUCCUAUCAGAGUCAGAAAAUGCAGCACAAGAAGAAGAAAGUAAUGACAGCAGUCAUGACACAUCAGAACAGGAGACGGUGAAAAGUGUCACGUCUGAUCAUAUCAGGGGUGAAGACUUGGACACUUCCCAGCAGGAACAUGAAGAAGAGGAUGAAGAUGAGAAAACCUAUAAGGCAUCUGAAGAGGCUUCAGAUAAGAGGUCAGACAAAACAGAUACUGAAGGUGAGGAACAGAAGGAGGAUGAAGAGGGAGAGAGUGAAGGUGAAGUGGAAGGCAAAGAUGAAGAGGAGGGAAGUGAAAUUAGCAGUAACCAAGAGGCUGAAGAUGAGAGUGUUUCAGGAGAGGGUGAGGAUGAGGAAGAGAAUGAAUCUGAGGGUGAAGGGGGUGAGGAAGAAACAAGCUCCAGUAGUGGGGAAGAAGAUGAAGGAAGCAAUACAAGUGAUGCUACAGAGUCCGAAGGUGAGGAAAAAGAAAGCAGUAAGGCAGCAAGUGAUGGAGGGAGUGACUCCGAGAUCAGUGAACCAGCAGAGGAUGAGGAGGAUGGGGGUGAAAUUAAAGAGUCAAGUGAAGAAGAGGAUAAAGAAGGAGAGGAGGAAAGUGAGGAUGAAGAAGACAAAAGUGGCGAUGAAUCCGAGAGUGCUGACAGCAAAAUCGACGAAUCAGAAGAGGAGGAGGACAAAGAGGGAAGUGACACUGCAGAGUCUGCAAAAAGUGGCGAAGAAGAAAGUGAGGCCGAUGAAGAAGAAGAUGCUGAAACUGUGGAACAAAAAGAUAAUCAAGACCCCAUUGAAAGUGAGGAUGAGGAGGAAGGUUCAGAGGAAGAUGGUGAGGAAGAGGAAGAUAGUGAGGCUCAUGAAGAGGGAGAAGAGCAAGAUGAAAGAAGUGAUGAAGAAAAUGAAGAGGAGGGUGAGGGAAAUGAAGAGGAGGAAGAGGAAGAAGAUGAGGAAGAAGCAAAGGGAGAAACUGCAGAAGAGGAAGAAGAGGAUGGGGGUACAGGAGAUGAGGAAGAGGAGGAUGAGGAAAGUGAGGAUGAUGAGGAAGAGGCUAAUGAAGGGGAAGACGAGGUGAGUGAAGAAGAAGAAGAAGAUGAAAGCCAGGAAAAAGGAAAGGAGAGUGAGGAAGAAGAGGGUGACGAAGAAGAGGCUGCAGGGGAGGAAGAAGGAGAGGAGGAGGAGGAAGAAGAGGAAGAGGAGGAGGAAGAGGUCAAAUCAACAAAAACAAAAAAGGGAGAAAAGCAGAAGUUGCCUCCUAAAGCUGCUCCUUCAGAAAGAAAAGACAAACAACAGAGAGAAGCACCCAAACCGGCACCAAGGACGAAGCAGAGGGCUGCAGGGGAGAAGAAACAAGAUGGCUCUCAGCAGUUCUGGAACAAUGUACUGCCUCAGUACCUGGACCUGCAGUGA